CAGCCUUGAAGACGAUGGUGAUCAGCGAACUUGUUGAGUUUAUUUUGUAAUAGAUGGUCCGAGGGCGUUUUGGACGUAAAACUGUAUUAAUCAAUAACGCAAUUACUUACAAAUAGUUCUUCCAGGUAACGAUGGCAGCAGUGCAGAGAAAAUUGGAGUUUAAAGUGAGAAAAAGUUCUCGAAUUCAGGCUCGAGUGAAAUGUGAUGAAACAAAGGAAUCCAUCUCUGAAAACCAUCCACAGAUCUCUCCAAGGAAGCGACAAGGAGAUGAUUGGGAGAUUUCUCUCAGCGUAAAACCACUAUCAUGUUCACCUCACAAGAAGCAAAAAGAACUACGGAUACUGAGUCGUGAAACUCCAAUAAAAACAUCUCUAACAUGUCGGUUUAAACCGGACGAUACAGACUGUGAUACUUCAACAAAAUCGGGUUUAGCUGUUGUCGGUGUAAAACCAAUACCGACACCGAAGACCCCAGUAAAAUGUAACUCCACAAACAGAGAGUUCACAGUGAUCUCCCCUUACAAGUCUCCUAAACGUACGCUCGGCUUUCAACGGCUUAUCACAUCUCCAGUGAAAAGUCCCUGUCUGUCAUUGAAGAAACUUAGUCUGAAUUCUCCUCUGCGAUGUCACAGCCCAGUGAAGUCUGUUCUAAAUUCUUCAGAACAAUGUCGCAGUCCGGUGAAGUCCAGUUUAAUAGCUCCACAUCGCAGUGACAGUCCAGUGAAGUCCAGUUUAAAGUUUCCACAAGAAUGUCGUAGUCCAGUGAAGUCUAGUUUAAAUUCUCUUCAACCCUGCCAAAGUCCAGUGAAGUCUUUCAUAGUCAAUCAGGUUGCUGAUUCUUUAUUUUCUGAGAAGGAAAACACUCCAAAGAAGAAAGUGGUGGUUACCGACAGGAAGUCUGUGUCUAUGUUGAAGCUGCAAAGGGUUAACAGUUCUGCCUAUUCGGAAACGAAACAAGUACUUCACACAGCGAAACCCGAACAACUCCAUUGUCGUGAGAAGGAGGUUGGGGAGAUUCAGAGUUUCCUGGAGGGACACCUAAAAAACCAGACUGCUGGCAGUAUGUACAUCUCAGGGGCACCCGGCACGGGCAAGACAGCAUCACUGCUUCACAUUAUUGACAUUUUAAAGAGAGACCACUCCUGUAAAAUGUCCUAUCUCAACUGUAUGAUGCUGAAAGAUUCUGCAGCUGUGUUUAAAACCUUGCAUGAGCAACUGACGGGAAGGAAGUUGCCUAGCAACAAGGAUGUUAUAAAAUAUAUGGAGAAGUGUGUUACCGCAUCAACAAAAAGCUUAAUUAUUGUGUUGGAUGAAAUCGAUCAACUUGACAGCAAGCAUCAAGAAGUUCUCUACACCAUCUUUGAAUGGCCUUCUCUACCCAAAUCAAAACUUAUUCUCGUUGGCGUGGCCAAUGCAUUGGAUUUCACUGAUCGAAUUCUUCCUCGACUCCAAGCUAAACCCAAAUGUCGACCAAAACUUGUGAAUUACGCCCCUUACAGCAAGGAUCAAAUAGUCACCAUAAUAAACAACCGACUCAAGCAGCUGCAGGAAGAUGGUUUGGCUGUAAUUGAACCGAGCGCCAUCCAGUUUUGUGCGAGGAAGAUUUCGGCAGUGGCCGGAGACAUGCGCAAGGCUCUGGACGUUUGUCGGCGAUCGGUGGAACUCGUGGAGCAGGAUAUCAGGAGCCAGCAGGUGUUGAAAGUCUCAGAAUGCAAUAGUCCAAGUAAAAAGAGAGCCCCUGUCCCUAAGAAGAUAACGGUUCACCACAUCUCACGCAUCAUGUCCGAGGUGUAUGGGUCGAGUGUGAAGACUUCCUCUAGUCAGGAGACAAUCCCGCUCCAACAGAAACUCAUGCUGUGUAGUCUGUUGUUACUAGUCAAGAAUGGCAAGACAAAAGAAGUCGGUCUUGGGAAGUUUCAUGAGACCUACUGUAAAAUCUGUAGGAAACGUAAAAUAGCGGUGAUCGACCAAUCAGAAUUCUUCAGUCUGUGCAGUUUGCUUGAAGCCCGAGGCAUGAUGGGAGUAAGGAGAGGGAAGGAAACGAGACUGGCGAAGAUUAUUCUCAAGUUGGACGAGAAAGAACUGGAACACACUCUACAGGACCGAGUUCUCAUGUCGUCCAUGCUGUACGAUGGGCUGCCAAAGUGAUGUGCACUGGGAAAGAAGACUGGGAAAAUUGUGUGACCAAAUACCUGUGCUUUUUCAUUAGUUUCAGAACUGUCAAGGCGGGACGUAGACCAAUUGGGCUAUUUCUCACUCCAGCCAGUACACCAAGACUGGUAUAUCAAAAGCCAUGGUUUGUGCUGUCCUGUCUGUGGGAUGGUGCAGAUAAAAGAUGUCUUGCUACUAAGAGAAAAAUGUAGCGAGUUUCUUCUCUAAGACUGUAUGUCGAAAUUACCAACUGUUUGAUAUCCAGUAGAUGGUUAAUAGAUCAGUGGUGUUAAGCAAAACCGGCAUCGAAAUAAUCAGCGUCUGGUAACCUAUGAACUGGUUGCUACAAAAUAUGGACCUGGUAACCUAUAGGUUGCGGUACAUUAAUAUUUCCAGUAUAAAAUGGCCAGUAUAAUUAGUCGCACUGAAAAGGUUAUUUAUUCAUAAAGUUAUUCUUGUACUAAUAUUUGUACAUGUGAAUCUUAUAUUUAAAUAACACACAAUCUUUUCAACAUUUGGACGGUGUAGUUUUUGUUUAAUAAGAUUGUAUGCAGAACAAAGUACAAUUCUCAACUCCAUGUGGUAAUCCCUUCGUAAUCUGAACACUGUUCUCAACUUAUUGUGAUUUUUUUCAUUUUGCUGAGCAAUGCUGAGGAAACAGUUGAAGUCGAAAAUGUCUGCAUUUUUUUGGCAUUUCAUUUCAUUUCAACUUAUUUUUGUGCUUAUGUCCAAUCAAGGUUCAAGCACGCUCUCUGAGCUGUCUGUCCAGGACAGUGGGUUAGUUGUUAGUGGUUAAUGCGAGAGAAGAAGUUGUAAUGGUCUUACACCUUCCCAUAGAGUCGUUAAAACUCACUCGGGGUGGGAGCUGGUACUGGGAUGCGAACCCAGUACCUACCAGGCUUGUGUUUGAUGAAUUACCACGACACAACCGAGGCCGGUUUUGGCAAUGUAACUUCAGUGAGGAGGUAUACUGAGCAACAAAAGAAAUGCAGAUAUUUAGUUUUCUUUAAUUUGUUUAAAAUUAUUCAUCUCGUCAAACAUGUUACAAAAUACUUGCAAUGUUCCGAUAGCUUCCUGCUGCCUUCCUCAGGGGAUUGCAAUUCUCAGUAACUUCGUACGGUCCAUUCUGGUAUACUUAGAAAUGACCGUUUGAUACGAUGAAUAUAAGGUUUACAUGACGUCAUGAAGUUCUUUGAAGAGUGACGUCGGUAUGUAUUUAUAUUAUCUAUAUUGCUACGUUGAUAUAUAACAAACAUCCAACAAUAUACUGACACAGCAAUAUAUAUAUAUAUAAUGGCAGUUACUGCAGCCAUUGCAAAAUAACUGUUUUUAAUGUAAGUACGGUUUACUAUGUAGGUUAUUUGUAUAGCACAUAGGACAAGGGAGACCACUUGGCUGUGUUGAUAUUUAUAUUCAAUGACGUCAUUGUUUAUAUUCGUACAGAAAUUAAACACUUUGUCGUUACGUUUUGAAGGAAGCUGGACUAUUUAUUAAACACUUUGUCGUUACGUUUUGAAGGAAGCUGGACUAUUUAUUAU